UGUGUAACUGUAUUGUUGUACAUCGCAGUACACGAAUUUUGUGAUCUUGAUUUCUUAUUUCUGCAUAUGUUUUCGCGAUAUCUUUUAACUCGUUACGCCAACAUUUUAAUAAUUUUGUUGUAUAUGUAGUUUUGUUGAGUGGAGCACUGACAAUUCUUGACAAGUGACACAUCACCUGAUUCACUUCCAAAGUGUGUGCCUGUCCUGCCGAAUCUCACCUCAGCAUCCGUUGCAUGGUCCGAUAUCAACGUUCUGUUCGGGUGCGGCGGCCGCUUACAAACUCCGGACAGUUGCCCUCAUGGAAACGUGCAAGGUCAUCUUCGUCCUGGGCGCACCAGGAUCCGGCAAAAGUACGCUCUGCUCUCAGCUGGCCCCCUACCUCGGUUACCAGCAUCUAUCCGCAGGCGAACUGAUCCGCCAGGAGGCCGGCAACCCGCAAUCACCGCACGGGAAGACCGUGGCGGAAGCCAUCCAGACGCCCGGGGCGUUCGUCCCGGCGGAGGUCACCGUGGAUCUUCUGCAGCGCGCCAUGCAGAGCUUCUCCAAGAAUGCGUUCUUAAUCGAUAAUUUUCCGGUGAAUAUGGCCAAUCUCCAGGCCUGGAAUGAGAAGAUGGCUGGGACGGCGGAAGUCCCGUGUGUGUUGCUGUUGGAGGUGUCCAAGGGGCUGGCCACGGAGCGGUGUUUGGAAAGGAAGCGCGGGGAUGACACAGCUCUGGUGCUGGAGAAACGCUGGGAUUCGUUCAUGGAGCAGACGCGGCCGAUUGUCCAGCACUACAGGGAGAUGGGUGUGCUGCGCACUGUCGAUGGCAGUCAGUCGGCGGAACUGGUGUUGGAGGAUGUCAAGCGGCUGCUGUCCGUUAUGGGCAAAGAUACCCAGCCUGAUCGGGACAUGUCGGAUGGCGGACUGUUCGCGAUAACGCCGUCUUUUCUGCUCCCAAUCAGAAUGUCGAACGAAAGAAGCCCAUGACAUUUUCCCGUUUUGCGCACUGCUUAAUGAUUCAAGGAGAAGAGUUGCCGGCGCUCAAAAGACCUACAGAUCGAUCGUCAAGUUUUCCUUCAACGAGCAAAGACAGAUAGUCCAAUUCGCUAAUCAGCUGUACGUCAAACGUUUUUUGUGAUUGUCGAAGGAAAAAAGGAAAAAACCGAAGCCGGCGUGAGAGGACCAGUGCGCAGUGAAACGGGAGUCGUUUAUUCUGUAUGUUCGGCUGACUUGAUGUCGGGAUCGAUAAAGAAUCCCAGCGUUGCAAUUUCUGCUCUUUGCCACAAUCUGCUCCCAUUUUUCCUGGUACCUUGUGAA